AUGCAGGUGGAGCGCGAGUCGUCGAUUGUGUCGUCGGAGGAGUCCGGGGAGGACGAGCGGAGGCCUCUGACGCACCUGGAGACGGUGCAUGUCUACUCGGUGAUUCGAGGGACCAUGUCUCGGCUGGGCCUGGUGGGCGUGAUCAUGGUGGACCCGCAGGUCCAGGCGCAGCAGAUGACGCAGAACGUGGGCGAGGAGAUCUCGAAGAUGAUCGCGGAGCAGAAGGCGCUCGAACAGCGCUUCCAGCAGCUGAUUGAGGAACAGCACUCGCUCCGGGGGAUGGUCAACAAGGCCAAGCUCAAGGAGAACCAGGCCGAGGUGACGCGGGUUGCAGAACAGCUGCGAAACUCCACGAUGCAGCUCUGCAGGAACCUCAAGGAGAACCCGAACGUCGCGGAGAACAUCGCGAAGGUGGCGUCCGAGCGCCAGAGCCUCCAGGCGCUCCUCUCGCGCACCCUCGACGAGCUGCAGACCCUCGGCGACUUGCGCAGCGUGCGGGACCUGGUCGUCGAGGAGGAGGAGCAGCAGGCGAGCAUCCACCAGACGAUCGAGCGGGAGCGGCAGACGACGGCGGAGGUGCGGCAGCUCAAGCAGGCCCUGAAGCAAGAGCGCAACCGGUUCAAAGAAGAGAUGCGCAGCCACCAGGAGGCGCUCGCGACGCUCAAGGAGGACCUCCGGAAGGCCAAGGCGCGGUCGGAGCUGGACGCGGCGUACACGGCGCGGUCGCUCGCGGCGCAGAACGGCGCGCAGCGGCGCCUGGAGGGGCGCGAGAUAGGGCAGCUGCAGAAGCAGGUGCAGGAGCUGCAGCAGGCGAUACGGAUCGAGGAGGACGUGAACGCGACGAUCAUGGCGUUCCAGAAGAAGCGGAGCACGUUUUUGCAGAACGAGGCGCUGCGGUGGAGCCAGAAGUUCGAGAGCGACGUGGCGGCGAAGGACAAGGACACGGACACGCUCAAGGCGACGCUGCAGAAGGACCUGCAGCGGCUGCAGGAGGUGAACAAGACGUACGAGUUCGAGCUGCAGGCGAAGAACGCGCGCGAGGGCGAGAAGCUCUCGCGGGAGUACGCCGAGCUGUUCCAGGACGAGGCGGUCAAGGAGCGCAUGACGCGGUGCGCGACGAUGAUCCAGUCGCUGUGGCGCGGACACAAGGCGCGCGAGGCCGCGAAGUCGAAGAAGAAGAAGAAGGGCAAGGGCAAGGGGAAGAAGAAGAAGUGA